CAUCAUGAAGUGCCACUUGAACCGUGCUUGUGUGAUGUGUUAAAUUGUCUUGCUUAAGUAAUGCAUUUUAGGGUUGCUCUGAUUCAGUAUCAGUGAAAUGGUUCUUAGGCGGUUGAACAGGGAAUGUAUGUUAAAGAUACAUGGUGUACGUGUUGUGAAUGUGGGGCUUUUGCUGAGUUGAGUCAUAGCUCCAUUUUAGACAUUCGUAGAUACUUACAUGGCCUAACUGGGCAUUCAAAAUUUGAUACAUAUUCAACACAUACAAAUUAUAUAAUCAACGAACUUUGCCGGCCAAAAAGCCGGGCCUUGUGCUAGUUUCAUUUGAGCCAAAUUCAUACCCGACAAAUAACAUAUGGGUCUAAAGUAAACUACUUAGAAUCCUGUUAUUUUAAAUCCAACCAGCUACUCGUACAUUUGUUAGAACAGUAAGCUAGUGAAUUUGUCAUCUUCGCGCUGUUUAUUGAAUAUGUAUUGAAGUUGAUUCUUGCAUGUCUAAAAUCUAUCCUAAAUUUUCAUUUCCUAUUUUUCUUAAUUAGUUUAAAAAUUGAUUAUAAUAUAGAUCAUUUAAUGAAAAACUAAUUAAGUGGAUUAUUAUUAUACCAUCUAAAUUAAAACGAAGGAAAUAUAAUUCAUUAAUGAAAAAAUAUAUAAUGAUUGAAGCUACACAUUUUGCAUUCCAAAGAGCAUUAGGGUGGGAAGUUGUUCUUAUGAGGGAAAGUGCUCCGAUGUAGAGAGGACAUAAUUCCGUUGAACAUAAAUGCAAUACAAAUGAUUAUUAUUACUAGCCUGGUCUAUGGAAAUGGUAGGGGAAGAGACUGUACUUAAUUUGAAGAGGGGGAGAUUUAUGGCAAAAGAUUUCUUAUAUCCUCCAUGCACUUUCUGUCAAUCACAUCAGGCUGUCAGUGAUUCAAUAAUCAAUUACCUUAUUUAAUGGCUUGAGCAAUCUGCUUAACCAAUCUGUUAUAUUCUUCACCAAAACCCGCUCGAAAAAAAUGGCGAUCACCUCACUUUACCAAAAUCGGCGCGGAUUCAAUCGGCCUCCCGUUCCACCUCCGGCCGGUCGUCCAUCCCUCCUCUGGUCAAGCUUCGAUUCAAUCAGUCUUCUCUUCUUCUCCUACCCUCAUUAACUUGUAGAGCUAUUGGUCAAACAAACCAUAAUUCGUAAAACUACCCACAGAGGCACACUUCUCGGGGGCAUCUUCUUUCUUGUCACCUCUCAUCUCAGGCGGACUCCCAUUAUGAGGAAGAGAGAAAGAGAACCGGAGAUACAAGACACUGCCGACUUCUUUCCUCCGGAGAAGAAGAAGAAGAAGAAGAAGAAGAAGAAGAAGAAGAAGAAGAAAGAGCAGGUCUCUUGUCUGGUUAACUCUUCUAGGAGUAUGGAUCUGAGGGAGUUCUGGACCGUGGAGAAUGAAGAAAGGCUAUUUGAGGAAGGUGAUUGAUUUUCGCAGCGGCGGAAGAGCUUAUUAUCCUCGUCCAUAUAAGAGAUGGUGUGAUGGGGCCUGAAAGCUCAUUCGCAAGCGAUUAGCGACGAGGUAUAGACUAGCCGCCUUACCUGGUUGGAAAUUGCUAAAAUACAUGGUCAGACUGCUUCAAGCUCAAGGUGGUGACGUAGACAUGCAGAGGAUUGUAAGUUUAUCCUCAUUUUUUGUUUGCUGAUAUUGCUAUCUGCAUUUUCUGCUUUGAAUGGUGUCCUUUUUGAGAAACCGAUUUCCCAACAGUCCUUAUUGGAAUGCAAAAAUGCUGAAACUUGCGUUUUCCCUUAUUGGAAUGCAAAUUCAGGAUAGGGAGGGGCUGCUGUUUCAAGCAUUCACAGCCAAAACAAGAAUAGGACCGCCACCGCCGUUUGACGACGACGGGAAACUCCCCGAGCCAACCUCACCCGGGGAGCCAACUUCGCCCAGGGGGACAACCACAAGCAGGGUCAGGCUGAGUGUUUCCAAUGUUAACUAUAUUAGUAGGACCAAUAAUGCUGGCUCAUUCUC